AUGCCCUUGAAUACCCCGUUGACGAUCCAGCAGCUGUUCAUCUAUCCUGUCAAGUCGCUUCCGCCUGUUCAAGUGUCUUCUGUGGAGCUCACCAACGAGGGGCUGCGCUUUGACCGGUGUUUCGUCCUGGUGACUCCUCCAAAGGACGGCUCGAAGCUGGCAAAGUUCCUCACGAUCAAGAAGCAUUUCAAACUUGCACUCUUCAAGCCCACAAUAGAUGACAGCUGGACAAAACUGACAAUCCAUCACACCCGCGCCACUCCGUCAUCUUCAAUCACCGUUCCGCUGACACCAUCGCCUCUAUCUCUACUGGCAAAUAAGACGUUUGAAGUCAGCAUCUUUGGCACAACCGCGAUAGGCAUUGAUCUAGGGGACGAGCCGGCGGCCUUCUUCUCCAAACACCUCGAUCAGGACGUCCGUCUGCUGUCUAUCGGAGGAACUGGGCGUCGCGAAAUUCCUGGGGCAGCAUAUAUCCCCAGCCAACGGAGUGCGCUGUCUCUAGCUCUCCAGGAGGGCUUACAACCACAGCGCAUCCGAUUUGCCGAUGCUGCCCCGUUACUCAUUACCUCUACAGCUUCGGAGCAAGACGCGCGCUCCCGCCUCCCUCCCGAGUAUCAAUACGAGGAUGUGAUACUCCGUUUCCGACCUAAUAUCCAUAUCGAUGUCAAGGGUCAACUGCCACCCUAUGACGAGGACAACUGGUCUUCGCUCUUGGUUCGAUCGCAGUCGGACGAGGCCCAGGAAGUCACCAUCAAGUGCAUCUUUAGGACAGUCCGCUGCCUCAGCCUGAACGCAGACCCUGAAACCGGGGAAAUGAUCCACCGGGACCGACAGCUCUAUGGUCUAUUGGCCAGCGACAGGAGGGUCAACGACAAGUUUCCUCAUAAGCCCGUCUUCGGUCAAUAUGCCUUUGCAGGUCCCUCGGGUGCCAUUCUGCGGACUGGAGACAUAGUCUAUGUGACUGAAAGGAACCAGCGAAGCUAG